CAGUCUACCAGAGAAAUCAAUGUGUGUUUGACGCUAUUAUGUGACCAAUGUUUUAUGGCAGUUAGUAGGUGGCAUAUGUUUCUCUUAUAACUUCUUUUACUACGGAAUUAUAAAAUGGUUGACAAUUUAUCAAGACAGGUAGAAGAGAUUGAAGCCUUGUGUUCAAUAUAUAGCAGAGAAUGGAAAACUGAAGAUGAGGUGGACCGUACUUAUAGCAUAAAAAUAGAAGAAGGCAUCCAAACUGCUGUUCUGUAUGUGACACUACCAGCAGAUUAUCCUGCAGCAAGUCCACCGCAGUACCAGCUAUCUGCACCUACUUUAGGUGCACAGGAGAAAACAAAAAUUUCUUCAGAGCUGGAUCAAAUUUAUUUAGAGAACAUUGGGGAAACAGUAAUUUUCCAAUGGAUAGAGAAGGUACGAGAACUUCUCUGCAAUAUGCAGGCCUCAGAGGCUCCUGAAGAAGAAGAUGAAGAUGAAAGAGGAGGAGGUUGUAAUGAAGUGAUGUCUGCGUGUUCUGUGGGUCAGCACAUUGUUAGGCCAACCAUUAUUCAUGGCACUGUCAUCACUGACAGAAAAAGUGUGUUUCAAGGACAUACUGCAAUUGUCAGAAAUACUGAAGAAGUUUCGCAGGUGCUGGAGGAACUCUAUCAGAACAAGAAGAUAGCACAUGCUACACACAACAUGUAUGCAUAUCGCAUCUGUAAGGAAGACACAAAAUGUUGCAUACAAGACUGUAAUGAUGAUGGAGAGGCACAAGGUGGAAGCCGCCUGCUUCAUUUGCUACAGAUUCUGCACUUACAGGAUAUUAUGGUGGUCGUGACACGUUGGUAUGGCGGCGUUCAUCUGGGCCCCGACAGGUUUCGACAUAUCGGUAAUGCUGCCAGACAAGUGUUGGAUAUAGCUGGUUUAAUUGAGCCUAGUAAUCAACAGAAGAAAAGUAGGAAGAAGGAGACAAGUUGAUCGCGGUACAGCAUUUGAAGCUGUGUGCCAAGCCAAAAAAGCUUUAUUACUUGUUAUGGUGUAAAAGAGUGUGUAUGUGCACUUUAGGACUUUGGAAUUUGGUAUGAUAGUUCAUAUGAAUAAAAGAUACAUAAACCGAGA